CCUCCCCCCGGCGCGGAGUUCGCUCCGCGCGGUGCCACCGAGCGCGGCACCAAACAACAACAACAGCAACCACAGCAGUAGCAGCGAGUGGAGCGUGUGACAACCACAGCAGCAGCAGCAUCUUUAUAUAGACGGGGUCCCUCGUCUGUUGUGUGUGCAAUCAUAAUAUACUCAUGGGCUGCGAUUAAGACCGUUGGGAGCAAGCAUUUGGCCUGAACAUCACGGAGGAUGGAAGAUUUUGCCAGCGCAGAUGGUGAGGAUGUGGAGGAGCAGCAUGGAUUGGCUGUGGUGUGGGAGGGACCAGGGCCCUUCAUGGUGCCGAGGCUGCUGAAAUCUCUGUCCGGCAAACCGGUGGUGCAAGCUGCACUGGGCUGGUCGCAUACCCUGCUCCUCACUCGCGAUGGUGCCGUGUACAGCUUUGGCCAGCAGCCCUGGCAGGACCAAGCGUAUGUCUUUGCGCAGGAGCCCCGUCGGGAGAUGGGACUGGCGGGAGUGGAGGUGGUGUACAUUGCCGCCGGAGCCCGUCACAGUGGGGCUGUCGGCAGCUUGGGCGACGUGUACAUGUGGGGCAGCAAUUUGCACGGCCAGUGUGCGGUGAGGGACACCGAGGAGGUGCAGGGACCUACCCUCGUGGCGUUCGAGCCCAACAGGGACCCCGACGCGUCUGGGGCAGCCGUGCAGCCGUCCGCAUCGCCCCGGAAUUGUGCCGGCUCCAGGGGACGCCUGCACGUCUCCCUGCUGGCAUGCGGGCACACGCACACCUUGGCCUGGUCGCAGACGUCUGACGAGAUGUGGGGCUGGGGGAACAGCUCGCAGCUAUGCCACGCCGCCACCGCCGACCCGCCGGCCGCUUCCGCAAGCCGCAUUCAGUACCAGCCGCGGAGAAUUGAGCACUUUGUGGGGGUGAAGGUGAGGCAGCUCGUGUGUGGAGCCUUGCACAACCUGGCCCUCGUGGAGGUGCUCCAUGAGAACCAUGCACCAGGGCUUGCUCAGCCGCCUGCGGCGCAACCCGUGCUGUCAAGAAACGUGACGGCUGGUAGUGACAAUUUUACUGCAAGCGGUGAGUGGAUGAGUUUAACUGAGGAUGCGCUGGAAGGGAUUUCCAUUCGCAUUGAAGACAGGGCCAAAGAGGAUCGUAAAAAUUCAAAUCGUAGCGAUAGAGGAAUGCGCCUUAAGACAUUUGUGAGCGAUGACCUGUCAAGUUCUUUCGAGGAUAGUUUCAAAAUGAAUGAUUUGAAAAUUGACACUAAUAUCUGGUUAUCUGAUGACGAUGAUUUGAACAUUGAGAAAAAUAUCCAUGAGCCUCUUCAUAAUGUGAACCCGAAAAAAGUCAACGUGGCCGAUGUUGAUGAAGCUGACCAAGAGGUCUCAGAAGUUGGCAAAGUCGCGGUGAUGAGGUGCGUCCGGCAUCUUUCACAGAAGAAGAAAGUGAGUCCGGCUGUAGCACCGGCGAACUCUGUGUUUGCGUUCGAUUCCGAAGCACUGGACUCAUCCACUGAGCACUUUCUCUCGAGUGACAGCGUCUCCGAGAAGCAGAUGUCUCCUGUGUACGAGCACAUCAGGCGCUUUCGCCACAGGAGCACCAGGAGGAAGGAGACAAUGGGAAGGCAGCCAGAGGUGCCACGGAGUCAGAGCUUGAAGGGUAGGGGAAUGAAUGUGCUGCAGGUCACCCCCGAUAACCCCGCGGUUAGGCCAGCAAUUCCGGCAGAAUGCGCAGCGGCCUCGAGGACAGGUGCACAAGCAGAGGAGUGCAGAAAUUCUGCGAGCAUCGACACGAACCAGCUCGGGCACAAUCGCAACACCAAAGAAUUUAAACCAGAGCUUGAUCAUGGCUUCGCGGCGGGCGGUGGUGCGGCGAGCGCCGGUGAGAGCCCGCCUAGCGCCACGAGCACUACUGUGAACUGGGAGGGAGGGUGGCAGACGACGAGCACCCAGCCCCGCCGGCAGCGCCUCGAGGUGUGGAGCUGGGGGGACGGCCAGGACGGGCAGCUGGGACUCGGAGACACCCUCUCCAGGCUGAUGCCUCAGUGUAUUCAGAGUUUGGUUGGUGAAGAGAUCAUCAAAUUGGCGGCAGGAGACUUCCACUCCCUCGCACUUACCAGCACCUCAAAGGUGUACAGCUGGGGCAGGAACCGCAGUGGACAGCUGGGGCACGACAAGCUGCGCUGUCUGACGCCGCACCUACUGGAGACUCUGCCGGCCGGCGAGGUGCUGGACGUGGCAGCGGCGGAGGAGCACUCGCUGUUUGCGAUCAACCGCGAGGAUUCCUACGACAGCCGUGUGUACUACUGUAGCCGCCUGGCGGGGCACGGCUCCGGGGCGGACGAAAUGCAGGGUCCUCCAAUCGUCCAUUUGCCCCUGCCUAAUCAGAAGCUGCAGGUGACCCAGGUGCAGGCGGGCGGUGAGCAGAGCCUGGUGCUCGCCCUGCAGACUGCACCUCCGCCGUACUCGCAGCUGCUGCAUGAAUUCUUCAAGAGCGAGAGGGACUACGUGCAAGUUCUCGGCCGCAUGAAGGAUGUCGUCUUCCAUCCUCUGCUGCAAGAAGGUGGGCUAGACCGCACGCUGCCACCUGCCGUGGCCACGUCCGUCCAGCUGCUGCUCAGCCGAUUCAGCUCGCUCGUGUCCAUGCUGGAGAACGCGCUCUCCGCCAUGGCCUCCAGCCUCAAGGCCUCCGCCCGGCCCGGCACCUCGGAGGUGUCGUCCAGCUCUCCGCAGCCCAUGACGUCGUCGCCAUUAGGCCGAUCGACCUCGGCCACGGAGGACCCCUUUGCGGGUCACGUGCACAUCCGGAGCGUGCAUGUGGUGACGGAGCAGACUGCCAUUCAGGACGCCUAUUCAGAGUAUUUUUCAGCGUUGACUAACCUGUUGGUCAUUAGGGGUUUAGAAAGCAUCAACAGCAACAGCAGCUACUAUCGGCAACAAGAGAAGAAAGUUUGGGAGCUGGCGCAGCUCAUGGAGACCCUCGGCAGCAGCCAGGGCGUGGUGGAGACACUUUACUGCAUACUCAUGGCCCCAGCCACCCACAUGCAGAACUACUCCAUGUUCGCCACCUGCCUGCUUACGUGCUUCCCCAUGGAGUCACCGCAGUAUGAGUGGGCAAAGGCCGUGAGCCUGAAGUGGGACACCUUCUACAAUGAUGUCAAGAACCUUAUCGAACAAGCGUACAGCACCAGGGAGUUCUGGCUUCAUAAGACCAGCAAGAGCCUGGAGAACCUGUGCGUGCCCACUCGUCGGGUCAUCAAGGACAGCAUCUCGCUUCCGCUAUCGCCUGUCAAGACCUCUCGAUUCGCCACACAUCGCUACAUCCUCUUUAACGACAUCUUCCUGCACACAAAGGGCGCCACACAAACCGUCUACUGUGUUUCGACCAUAUGGGUGGAAACGCUCAACGACAACAACCAAAAUGUGUAUGGCCUAAGGGUCUACACUCCUGAAGAAGAGCUGCAUCUGGCAUCUUCAACAGCUUUGAACAGGGACACUUGGAGAGAUACCUUCGAAAGGGUCAUCCGUGAGUCGAUUGGGCAACCCAGCAUCGGAGGGGCCACCAGCCUGCUCAGCCUGGCCUCCCGGAAGGGCAGCCUGCUCUGUGCGGGCCAAGGCAGCCCGGCUCUCUCCAGGAAUGAAAGCCUGGGCAGUGUGGGUCAGCCGAGCCCAGCGAACUCACGGAGAGGCAGCCUGCUCAGCCUUGGGCACUCGAGCACAGCCUCGGGCUCAUCGCCACAGGACAGCCCAGGUCACAGGGGUCAUGGGAGCCUCUCCCUACGCACGGAUUGUGGAUACACGUUCCGCAAGCUCCCCCAACUCCGCGGUGCACACUACUACGGCCAGUGGUGCGAUGGGAAACCCCACGGCUGGGGAAGGAUGACAUGGCCUGAUGGGAGGACGUAUAUAGGAAAUUUCAAGUUUGGAUCUGAGCAUGGGUACGGGAAGUACACGGUGGUCAACGCAAGCACGGGGAAAAAGGAGAAGUACUGCGGGGAUUGGAGAGAAGGCAAGAUUAACGGAUACGGCCUUUACAAACACACGGAUGGGGAGGUGUACGAGGGCUACCUCAUGGACGGUGUACGACACGGCCACGGAAUGCUGCUGAGCAGCAAGGGGGAACACGCCGGCGGUGUCUACGUGGGGCAUUGGGCCUCCGGCAAGAGGGCCGGCUACGGCGUCUACGAGAAUGUGAGCAGGGGCGAGAAGUACAUGGGCACGUGGGAGGACGACACGCGGCACGGGAAUGGGCUCUGUAUCACGCAGCAUGGCAUCGUCUACCAGGGCACCUUCAUCCGCAACAAGAUGGUGGGAUCGGGCAUAUUAAUGACAGAUGACGACACCUUCUUUGAAGGGGAGUUCUCUGAUGAGCGCAUUCUCAAUGGGAAGGGCGUGCUCACCAUGCCCAACGGGGACUACAUCGAGGGCGUUUUCACCGGUGAGUGGGGCAGCGGCAUCAAGAUCAGCGGCACCUUCCAGACGGCGCCUCCGUCCGACUCAGUGGACUACGGCGUGCCACAGCCGCCCAACGGCAGGGUGUUGUCCCUCGCAGUGCCGGCGCGGGACAAGUGGAGCGGCAUCUUCCAGGAGUGCUGGGCCCAGAUGGGCUGCGCCACUCCUAGCAACAGGGACCUGCACCGUGCCUGGGAAAAUAUCGUCAUGUCCUACACCAUGGACAGAACUCACAACAGCUCGAUCAUGACGGAGGAGCCACAGUCGGAUGGAGAGGAGAACAGCAUUCUGCAGACAGUGCCGCUCUACCAGCAAGGGAAGAUGAUGACUCUCCAGGACUACAAGGCCAUGCAGGCAUACCUCAAGAUGGCAUUCGGCAGCUUGCAGCACCCACUGGGCCGGUUGCUCGACAUGCUCGUCACGGCCUUCCGAGCAACCUACGUCGGUAUCGGCUCCGACCGGCGGCUUCUGAGCACUGCGUUGGCCGAGAUUUCCUACUACGUGGAGCGCAUAUUCGCCAUCAUCCAGUUCCUGUUUCCAGACUUGCCGGAGGAAGAAAGCAGGGUUGUAGAAUUGAAUUCCUCUGACCCUGACGGCAGUGCUGAUGAGGCCUGGGAGGUGGUGACACGGAACGGGCUCAUCCUGCCCCUGCUGCUGCCCGGCCUCUACCCUCAGCUGCUGGCGCUCUAUCAGCUCCAGGACGAGGAGAGCGUGACCUGCUACUGGGCCAACCUCACAUACCUCAACCGGCAGCCGGACCAGGCCCUGCUGCGCUACCUCGAGGCGAACCCGAAGCUGUGGCCACUCUCCGAUGCUCAGCAGGCAGACAAACAGAUGCAGGAGCAGAAGAACCAGUGUUUUGGGAAGGCGGUGACUUGUUUGAAACUCAUCAGUGCCAAGUUCACGCCGCGGGAGAAGCUGGCGGUGCUGGGGGACACGUUCCGUGCCAUCACGGCGGCCGUGGAGGAGGCCCGGCAGCAGCGCUGCAAGUGGGCGAUGGACGACCUCAUCCCCGUUUUCAUGUUCGUUGUUCUGCGUGCAAGGAUCCGACACUUGGGGGCCGAGGUGCAGCUCAUUGAGGAUCUGAUGGAUGACCACCUGAGAGACGGGGAACAGGGCAUCAUGCUCAUCACCCUCAAGGCUUGCUGCUACCAGAUCCAGCGAGAGAACUCCCGCUAGGACAGCAGAGGAAUGGCUCCACUGGCUGGGAGGAGGGUGACGGUGAGCGCGCCUGCCUCCUCUUCCCUCCAUGCUGCUGUCCUCGUGCCGAGUGUACUCGCUCCACCUGGGGGCCGAGAUGCCCUUUUUACCCUCGCGCAUCCGAGCCGCACCAGCGCAGGGUCCUCUCAUCAUGGGUUGUUUCUUUCACUGGCUAUUUGCCAACGCAAGCCAGAACUAUGUCGUGAUACACUUGCCUCACAAGACAUGAAUCUGGCUCGGGGCCGUGCAUGGCCAAGGGUGGGGCUAAUGAACGUGAUCAUCGCAUCGGACAUCAGUCGGUGCACUCAAAGAACACGGCGUGACCAAGUCGUCGUCUGCAUACGUCGGUGGCACGGCCUGGCUUUAUGCAGUGGAAAAACAUGCCGGGCUGCCCGACAUGGCCGUAGCGCGGUUUGGAUGUGCCAGUGGGAGAGAGGUUACAAGACACCAUCCUCGCAAGGUUUCUUGAGGAGAACCCACAUCACCAGCUUGAAUUGUAUUCUCAAAGUGUGCUGUUUCACGAAUCGGUAUAAAGUUGUUUCCGCGUGCAAGCAAAGCAAAACUGCGCAACCCAAUAGUCAUGCGUAAGAUGGGUUGCGUGGGGAAAAAUAUCAUCAUGUUUGACUUUUAUAAAGUAAAUCAAGUGUGACACUACUGGACUGCGUAAUAAUAAGAAAUAAUAUCAUUGUCGAAUAGUAUUUGGCAACGUAAGCGUGGCCGUUCCGUGGGCACGCGCUUCAAUCUUUUUGCUGUAAUCGUUGUUUCCUCGUCGCUCGGUGAUGUUUGUCUGAUUGUUCCGAUGUUUAUUUGUCAAGUUCCCUUUUUACCCUUUGGUAUGCAGUAGUUGGUCUCUUUGACCAAAUCGUUUUUAGAAAAAAAACGUAUCUUGGACCAAGCUUGAAACUCUGUAAAGCUGGAACAUUGGACGGUCGAUCGAUCGUGCUUUUUGUAAAUUAUUCGAGCGGUAAAGAUUGUCUUGUUGUUGCACUGUACUCGACCCCAACGUCUGUGCCCCCCUCACUUUCACCAACCCUCAUUGACCAGGGUGGUGCUGUAUGCUCAAAUACCAUGACCCACACAAGGUAGGGAUGCCUUUAUCCAGCAGUGGAUAAAAAAAAGAGCGAUACUUGAAACAAAUCGAUAAAAAUAUCUUAAGUUUGCAUUAUCCGCAUCGAAACGCAUAUAUUAGAUUUAUGUUCUGCAUUAUUUUGCAUGUAAUGACUUAAUGUGAACCCUCCAGCCACUAGAGGCCUCUACAUUGUUCACAAUGUUAAACGUAUUGACCCUUGUCAACUCCAACCUGGAAACUCUAAAUCAUGACAGUUAAUUGAGUCUCCGGUGCGGUGUGACUCGCACCACCUCCCUACUUGACAGUUGAAUGUUGAGGCAGGGUGUUAGGUGGGCGUGGAUUUAACCAGGAUGGGGUGCUAGGCUUUUUCUCUCUUCCAUAAUCACGGCCUCCGCUCAAGAUAAACUGUUGGACAGCAUACCUGGCUUUAACGAAUCGCAGCAUGUGCCGAGUGGCCAACCCUCGGAUUGGAACGAUGGACCGGUCCAUUUAAUUGAGCAAUAUGGACGCUUGAUCUCACAAAAUAUUUUGAUGUGUCAUGUGUUUUUACGAAUUUGUUUUUGACUCCCGUGUGAUCUCUAAUAGGUUCACAUCACUCCCACCCCCGGAGGCUCUAGAGCCUACAAUUCACUGCAGUGUUAAAUUGUGUCGGGUGUUUUUUUAAUCGAAUCACAAUGCUGAAAGAUGACAAUUAUUUGACUCGCCAUGUCUGGUAUCCUCUUGACAAGUUGCUCAGUGUCAUCGUGCACCGUACCGAAUGCACAUUUUUGUAACAUUUGGCCCACACCCGAGAGAUUCCUCUUGUCCUGCCUGGGGUUACGUGGGUUCCCAGAGCUCUGAAAAAAGCUUAAUUCAUGUGCUCUACAACAUCUAAAGAGAUUUGUGAAAACAGAUAAUGAUUGAAUCUAUGUUGGUUCCUCCUCCCUUCUCCCCAGCACUGCUGGUCUGGAAUUGUAACCAGUGCUAUCGUCGUAAAUGCGCCGAGAACUAUACAAUGCCCUUCGCUGUAAUCGAUUUUGUUACAUUCUGAUGGGUCUCGGGUUUCUUCCUAGUCCACAAGCAGGUUGGCAUACACCAGAUGUGAUGCAACUCGACAUUCAAAUGGCUCGUGUAGAUAUGUGCCUGCGCUGUGCAUCCCGUACUAUCUGACACUCAUUUGAACCUUGGUGAAUUGGAACAUGAAACCUACAUCCAAGUGUGUUUCAUUCUCGCCCUCUUGUAACAUCAUUCUCCAUCGACACACCUAUUUGAUUUACAUCAGUGGGGCGAUGCAAGUAGAGUAUUCUUAUUGCAGCACACUUGUUAUUAUGUAUGUUGAACAUCUUUCGCGUGGGAAGGACGACACUUGACCAUAAUGUUUAGGUACUUUUAUUCCAUUUACAACAUAUCAAACUCUACUUUGGACGGUGCUGAACACAGACCCUAGGCACAUGUCUGUCAACAGGAUAAAUGGUACCUGGGUCACUGGGGAUGAAUGGGAUUCAUGAAACUCGUUUUAUUUGUUAAUUCUCGCGGGCCAUGUAUGUGUUGCUUAACGUUCGCUAGUGGUGUAAUACGUCGCUCAUCCUAAGAACACUCGCAUACCUAUGUAUGUCUAGCGCGUGAAUGUAUCUCACAUGUAUGCAAGUUAGAUGAUUGUGUGCAAUGUUUUCACGUAUUGUAGUAAUUGCAAUCCUACUGAUUUGUUUUCUUUUGUACUAUUGCAGGGAAAAAUCAUGACUUUGUGUUCUCACAGCCAGGUUAUUGUUUUUAACUUAUAAACUUCAAACGGCAUUAUUCUCCUUGUUCAUUGAUUUCUACUCUGUGUUUGAUGUGUAUGAUCAUUUUACGAUGCUGGAUUUAAGUGACUUUAAACUUAAGUAACUUUACUACUACGAUAAGAAAUCUAGAUGCCUGUGCUGCUAUCUCGACAUAAAGAUUGGUAUUGUAAUUCCCUUUAAGGAAUUGUAAAAAAAAAAAGUUAUCUGUAUGCUGCCUCAAAUUUAAGUACAGUAGAAAAUAUUUUAAAAGAACUAUAUCCAUACCUUCGUCUAUAACCUAUAAAGAAAAGGGAUCAUUGCAAGUCAUUACGUGGAGGUUUACAUUUGUUUCCACCACUGGUUUGGAAUGCAGGGUUAUAGUUAAAACUGCUUGAAGUUAUGGUUGUCGAUUUAUCAAUGGUUUGAUUUGCUAAAACCAUUUGAAUGUAAAGUUUUUUUUUUCUUCAUGGUAUCGUAAAAUUUCCCUAAAAACACUCGACUCAAUAAAUCAGUGGGCAUUCCUCA